AUCUUGAAGAAGAAGCUGGAAACAGGCCCAUGCUAAAAAUAUUUUUUUUACUGUUUGAAGAGGGUGCCAGCCUUAACAUCUGAAAUCCCAUAAUAUCAUGAAUUCCAGUGGCAUUGUUCAUCACUGUAACCUGACCAUUCAGCCCCUGGUGUCCUCCAUCCUUCCUCCUGUGCUCAUCAUUGAGCUCCUGCUGGGUCUACCAGGGAAUCUGAUGGCACUCUGGGUCUUCUGCCACCAUCUUCAGUCCUGGACUCCCAACAUUGUGUAUCUCUUAAACCUGGUCCUGGCAGACUUCCUGCUUCUGGUGAGCUUGCCCUUCCGUAUUAACAGUCAGCUUCGCCUGGAAAACUGGAUAUUUGGAGACGCUUGGUGUCGCAUCAACCACUUCAUGCUUUCCGUUAACAGAUCUGCAAGUAUCGGCUUCAUGACUGCGGUGGCCGUGGAUCGAUACUUUAAAGUAGUCCAUCCACAUCAUAAGGUGAACCUCAUCAGCCUGCGACAAGCUGGGGCCAUCGCUUGCAUCAUCUGGGUUUUAGUGAUGUCACUGCGGCUCCCUCUGUUGAUGAAUAAUCUCCUGAUUGAGACGAACAAUGUAUCUGUCUGUCGGAGCUUCAGCUCCUACAAGGACCCAUCAUUGGGCAUCAAGCUUCACUACCUAGUAUUUGUGGCAGAGUACUUCCUCCCUCUUGUGGUUUUAGUUUUCUGCUCCAUUCGGAUCACUUGUAGCCUGAACAAUUGCCAAAUAGACAAGAAGAAGCUGAAGCGAGCUGUUCGCUCAGUCCUGGUUAUAGUUGUGAUCUUCAACAUCUGCUUUUUCCCUGGAAUUGCCACAGGAAUGACUGGACUCUAUCUACAGAAACUAGGCAGUGACUACUGUGAUGCCUACAGACUGAACGGUCAACUCUUUAGUCUGUCCAUUGGGUUUACAUACUUAAACAGCACCCUAGACCCGUUCAUCUACUGCUUUUCUAGCACCUGGUUCAGAAAAGAGAUAAAGAGAACAUUGAAACUGUUUGGAUCGGUGGUACUGCGGCUUAUUUGUUGUGACAUACAGUGAACAGACAUAUCAAUUAAUAUCUAAGCUGCCUGGUCCAGAAAGAAGGAAAAAUGUGGAUGGCUAUAUGCACUUUCAUCCCCUGAGUGCUCUGAUAUGGACACUUAUAUCUGGGAGUCUUUAGAGAGGAGCUUCAUCUGCCCAUCAUCCCUUCCUCCUGCAGGGCCAAACUUCUUUGUGGGCCAGAAGAAUGUUGGCUUUUGCAAUUGUGUGGAUUAUUGGCACCUUAUCUCCAUCACCAUCAAAGAUCUCAACCUCCUGUCUGCAGCAUUUGAGGCACUGAAGCAGGUCACCGUAUUUAUGAAACCACACCUGUUCUGUAAUACUCAUCUGCUGCAUGAUACACACACAAAUAAAAGGAAGACAAAUUAUUGCUAAUACAAGUUCAAUACAAUAGGUUACAUUACAAUAGCCAUUAAGAAAAAAGUGGUUGGGGCUAGUUUUCUUUUCCAUUCCAUGCAAUAUAUGAUGGAGCUAUUUUCCAUAAUAAAUAAAAGGGGUUCCAACUGUUGGUUUAUUUUCCA